AUGUUAGAGAACGACAAUAAGUCGCUUGCUGGAAAUGAAGGUUCCGUCUCUGAUGACGAACACUUUAUUUCCAUUUCAAGUGACGACGAUGCUGCUUAUGAUGAAACUAUUAAUUUCGUAAAAGAAUACCUUAGUAAUUACAGCAAUGCAAAUAUUGAAGUCGGUUCAUCGUCGACGUCAGUGAACAAAGUGCAAGGCUAUGAAGACGCUUAUGUAUCUGGUUCUUCUGAUGAUGAUUAUUUGGUAUCUUUAUUUCCACCUGCUCCUCCCGUACAAGAUUAUGUAGGAAAAGGGAAACAACGGGCUGAUCCUAUUCCUGAAAGCUUAAUUUUUCACAGCAAUUCUAGAUAUGAUACUCAAGAAACGCAAACGUCUCAGGGCCAGAAAAUUAUUAUGCCCAAUGAAAAUAACUCUUCAAAUAACUCUUCAAAUAAUUCUUCAAAUAACUCUUCAAAUAAUUCUUCAAAUAACUCUUCAAAUAACUCUUCAAAUAACUCUUCAAAUAACUCUUCAAAUAACUCUUCAAAUAACUCUUCUUCUACAUCCUAUCCGAAUGAGAUCACAAUGGAACGAAAUGUUUCUCUUUUUCCUUCUCAACCUCCAAAUUUUCCUGAUUGGAUCACUCGAGAUAUAAUGAUACCAUGCCCAUUAUCUAAAACACAACAAGCUUUAAUUUCACAUUUGAUGCUGGAUUAUGAUCUUAUUCGAUAUUUGGAGCGAGUAUCAAAUAAUGAUGAUGUUGAUGAAAAUUCCUUAGUCAGAACGAAAAUUCGUGAUGUUCUUAGAAUUAUCGAUCAUGAACCUGUAGAGGCGAUAAGUGGACAUUUAUAUAACGGUCCAUCUAAUAAUAAUAUUCGUUAUAAUGAAUCUGAAAUUAAAAUUUCUGUUGAAAAACUAAAGAUGCUUCGAUAUAUAUUAAACAAGUUGAGAUCUUUACGAUUGAUUAUUGGCAUUGCUGCAUCAAGUGGUCUAUCAACGGUUUAUGGAACGAAUAAGGCAACCAUACAGCAUAAUUAUGAUGAAUCAUCGGAAUUUAAUAGGAAACUUUACCAAGAGCGGAAAAAACUCUCAUCAACAUUCUGUGUAAUAUUUUCCACAGAUUUCACAAAUUAUCAUAAAAAUGUCAUGCCAAAGUUAGAUUUUGUGAUCGCAUAUGAUACAUCUUUCAAACCAAAUCAACACUUUUAUUUUUCGAUGGGAAAUCUAUCUAUUCCUGUUCUUCGGCUUGUAACGUGUGAAAGUUUAGAACACGUUCUUGUUUAUGGAAUGAUACAUAAAUGUUCAUUUAUAACCGAUUCUUCGGUUGAAACAUUCAGAAAAAUUCUAUAUUAUGGUUUGAAACGGGCAGACGAAUAUCGGAUAGUUAUAGGUCGCGAUAGUAAUAGAUUUCCGUAUUCUCAAAUCUGUUCAUCAAUUUUUAAAUGUGCAAGAUCAAAUGAGUGGGAUAAUCUAGAACACACAAUUAGAGAAUUUAUUAAUUUGAAUAUAAAUCAAUGGUACGAAAAAAAUAAGACAAUACCUGGUCUUACUAUUGAGUCGAUUUGGAAUAUUCCAAUAAAAGGAGAUAUAACGGCAAGCACACUAGCUGAGUGUAAUAUUAAUCUUUCUGAUAGUUCUGAUGAUGAAAUAGAAGAAAGAAAUUUAGAAAGUAAUGUUGUUGCCAAACGGCCAAUAGUCGAAUCAGGAUCUUCAUGUCAGAAAAGAUCACGGUCUAAUAGAGAUGAAGUACUACCAACUUCAUCUGAACCAUCUUCAUCUCAGAAAAGAUCACGAUCUAAUAGAGAUGAUAUACUACCAACUUCAUCUGAAUCAUCUUCAUAUCAGAAAAGAUCACGAUCUAAUAGAGAUGAAGUAAUACCAACUUCAUCUGAACCAUCUUCAUAUCAGAAAAGAUCACGAUCUAAUAGAGAUGAUGUACCAUCAACUUCAUCUGAACCUUCAUCUGAACUAAAGAAACUUCUUAUACAAAAAGACGUUAUAAUCAAGGAGCUAAAAUAUGAGUUGCAACAGAAGGAUCUAGAAAUCUCUCAAUUACGCCAACAAUUGAUGUAUAGUCAGCAGAGUUCGAGUCAGAGUAUAAUUAAAGCUCAAGACAGAUCAGAAAAGAAAAAUGGCAAUGUUAUUAAUGGUGAUGUCAUUAUGAGUUCUCCAUCUUCUAGUAAUGUGUCUUAUCAAAGGCGCAUCACUCCGACAGAGAACUUCCCUGAAGAAUUUUCUUGUCAAUUGCAAAAUUGUAACAAGAGAUUUGAUUCUGAGAGGAAACUUCUCAUUCACCAGAGGUCGGGGCAUCUUAAUAAUGAAGUCAUCAUAUUAGACUAA